AUGAAACUCUUCAUGCUCGCCAACCUUUCCAUCUUAGUCUUUUGGUUUGGAGCCAAUACAAUUUUACACCAAACCCUAUUCUCAACUGCUCUCACUCUCCCUCUCUUCUUCUUCCUCAACUACUGGCUUGUCCCUGGAGGCUUUGCAUGGUCAAAUUACCAAAACUCCCCAAAAGGGCCAAAGCUCAGAGGCCCUGUUGGGUGGCCUGUGCUGGGGUUCUUGCCCCAUCAAAUGGGUUCUCUUGCCCAUCAGAAACUGUCCACUAUGGCAACUUCUCUCAAGGCAACCAGGCUCAUGGCAUUCAGCCUAGGCACAACACGUGUCAUCAUCAGCAGCCAUCCUGACACUGCUAGGGAAAUCCUAGGAGGGUCUUCUUUUUCUGACCGUCCGAUUAAGCAGUCGGCUAAGUUGCUAAUGUUUGAGCGUGCCAUUGGGUUUGCUCCUUCUGGGACAUAUUGGCGCCAUCUGCGCAGGAUAGCAGCGGUCCAUAUGUUCUCACCACGGAGAAUCGGAGGCCUAGAAGCCCUGAGGCAGAAAGUGGCCAAUGAAAUGAUAGUGGAAAUUUGGGACGAGAUGAAAGAAAAUAGGGUUGUGGGAUUGAAAGAAAUAUUGCAAAAGGGUUCUUUGAGUAACAUAAUUGAGAGUGUUUUUGGCACUAAUUAUUUUGGUUUAGAAGAAAAGGAGGGUAGUUCAACUUCUAAUCUAACGUUAAUGUUGCAUGAUAUGGUGAAACAAGGUUAUGAGUUGAUUUCUAGGUCUAAUUUGGAGGAUUAUUUUCCUCUGAGGUUUUUAGACUUUUAUGGUGUGAGGAGAAAGUGUCACAAAUUGGCAGCUGAGGUUAGCUGUGUCGUGGGCCAAAUUGUGAGGGAGAGAAAAAGAGCAGGAGAUUUCAGUGCUGGCAAUGACUUUCUGAGUGCCAUGCUUGCUUUGCCCCAAGAGGAUAAAUUAACUGAUUCAGACAUGGCUGCUGUUUUGUGGGAAAUGAUAUUUCGAGGAACAGACACGGUUGCUCUACUUCUGGAGUGGAUUAUGGCGAGGAUAGUCUUGCACCCAGACAUACAAGCCAAAGCACAGCAGGAGCUGGACACGCACGUCGGGAAUAACAGGCACGUGCAAGACUCCGACCUCCCGAACCUGCCUUAUCUACAGGCCAUAGUCAAGGAAGUUCUCCGAAUGCACCCUCCAGGCCCUUUGCUAUCAUGGGCCCGCCUCGCGGUCCAUGAUGUCCACGUAGACAAGGUCUUCAUCCCAGCUGGCACAACCGCAAUGGUUAACAUGUGGGCCAUAACCCACGAUCCGUCCAUCUGGAAGGAUCCCUCGGAGUUCAGGCCCGAGAGGUUCAUCGAGGAGGACGUGUCUAUAAUGGGCUCGGAUCUUAGGCUUGCCCCAUUCGGGUCUGGCCGGAGAGUGUGCCCGGGCAAAGCGUUGGGCUUAGCCACCGUCCACUUGUGGCUUGCUAGGCUUUUGCACCAAUUCAAGUGGUUUCCAGCAGAGGCGGUGGACCUUUCGGAGUGUUUGAGGCUGUCUCUGGAGAUGAAGAAGCCACUCGCAUGUCGUGUCGUCCCUCGUGGCAUGAUGAGCCAAUGAUGCGAAGCUAGUCUAGAUCUGCCUAUGAUCAAUAAGGGUGAUAUAAUAUAAUAUAAUAUGCAUGCAGUGAUUAAUUAAGAUUUGCUAAAAU